AUGAUGGGAUACGUGAAUAGAACCCAAGCGAUAAGUGACGGAUCAUGGGACACUUUACGAUUGUUGCUUUAUUUUGAGAUUGUGCUGAUUCUUUUGAACGUUGUCACCAUAUGUUUCUGGUUUUCUGUCAUACUGACCGCCCGUAACAUGCAUCCGAAUGUUCGUCUAAUUAACUCAUUUUAUUACGGACAAUACUUGAUUCAACUCAGUUUUUGGGUGAUUCAGCCGAUUUUCAUCAUCUCGGAGGCGUUGAAUGACUCGAACAAGUUCUCUAACGAGCUCUUCACACUAUGUAGCUAUGUCAGAAUUAUUGGCAUUUAUUAUGCAUUCUGCGCUCUCCCCGCACUCGUCAUCGAACGAAGUUUUGCCACAUUUCUUCUAGAGGAUUAUGAGAAAAAAUCCAAUCUGAGUAUUGGCUGUUUCACGGUGAUAAUCCAACUAUUGACAGCAGGAACAGUGGGUUAUCAUUUUAAUCGGGCAAAAAGUACAGUGGAGCAUACUGUAGCUGCAAUAAUCGCAAACUUUCUGGCAGUUUGCUUGAAUAAAAUUAAUGAGCGAGUCAAUUAUAAAUACUAUUAUGAGCUGGAUCGAGUCUCGUAUUCCCUGUCGGAAAGAUUUCAGAUUACGGAGAAUAUUAAGGCGGCAAAGAUGUUCGAAAAAAUUGUGUUAUCGAUUGGUUUUUUCAACAUCAUUGUCAACACUUGUCUAAUUAUCGAUAACUACGAAAUCCCGCUGUUUUACAAAAAUAUUGCAUCAAUUGCUUGUGAUUAUUCAAUUUUAACAUACGGAUUAAUAGUGCCUGUGGUGUAUUAUAACAAUACGGAUUCCUGGAAAAAAAGGGUUGGAGUUAUGAUGAGAGGCUGUUUCAAGCCAAAAGUCGGCCCACUCAAGGAUACAUUUGGACACGAUAUGACGUCACACGGGGCUCGUGAAGAAACCACUAAAUAUUUUGAGAUGUUGAAGAAACAGUGGAAAUGA